AUGGUUGAUAAAAAUGUAAACUUAUUAUUGCUAUCUCUUAGGCUAACCUAUCUGAUUAUUUGACCCUUUCUAUAGUGCCUUAGGUGAUAUUUGUGAAUUCAAAGCUAACCAUGUUCAAAGUUGGAUAAGAGUUAAUUGUAUUCUUUGCUUUUGAAGAGGUCUCUAGCCAAUAAGAGUCAAAUUACAAGUCAUCUGUUGCUUUAGGUUUAAUUUGA